AUGGACGGUUCAGCCAAAAGAUCUCGGGAUGAGUUCGAGCUGGGGCCUUCAGAAUACGAUGACCCGACCAAAAAACAACACAUCGACCCAAUGGCCGAGUUGACCGCAAACAUUUGCAAGGAUAUUCGUCGUAUUGGUGAAAACUCCAAUAUCACCAACCAAGUGGACGAUAUAUCCUACAUCACCAACCCAAUUGUUGCUGAGUUUGAGAAAGUCGAUUCAUUGCGUGAAGCUAUUCUUCGCACCUUGUACGCGGUGGUUAAGGAGCAACCGCAGAAGAUCCCAAACGUCAGUAUUUUGGUUCUUAUCUGUAACGCGAAGAACUUCUUGGUAUCAAAGUUUGUGGUUGAGUAUUUUCAUGCCCAAGCCCAGCAACUACUAGACACAAUCCGUGCUAAAGACGUUUCUAUGGAUGAGGCAGAGCCAGCCACAGCACCUGAAAAUGAGGAGAACCCUGCUGCUGAAUCUGCCCCAGAAGCGCCUUCUCAGUCUGAAAAUGCAGGCGUGUUUAAUGACCUCAAGUCCAUUUUUAAGUUCUUGGCAACAUUAUCGCCUAUUAUUGAGGAUGGAGCAGUGAGUGCUAUUUUGAAGCAGUUCUUGCAGACUGCUAUCGACAUGCAAGAGACUAGCGAGCAUAGAUCUGGAUUGGCAGAGGAACUCUUCUAUAACGUUCUUGUGGCUACACCAUACCUCUUUGCCAAUGAUUUCUCUACUCAGACUAUUGAGCAGGCAAAUGAAAUCGUCGAGUUGGCUCACAAAUUCACCAUCCGCGAGCUGAACACCACUAUCGCAAUUCUAGAGCCUUUUGACUCGAAGGGUUCUAACUUUGUAGACGAAUUGCCAUACACUCCCCAGAAACUCAUCAACUUAAUCCUUCCGGCUCUUGUUUCUUUGCAAUCUGAAGAUUCGAAGGACUGGAAUGGUUUGAAGGAUUCGUUGUUCUUGAACUUCGCCCCAUAUGUUAACCCCAUUAUUCAAGAAAGUCUCAGGAAUAACUCCAUUUCAACCGAUAUCGUGAAGCACUCACUUCCACAGUUUUCUAUUCCAUCUACUGGAGAGUUACUCGACCACAAGCCCAUCGGACUCAUUGACAAAUUGUGGUAUGAACAUCCUAGGUUGUUGUUUCAGGUAUACAAUUGCGCCACGACUUUUGAAACUGUUCCCUCCAUUCAUUCCUACCUUGGUCUCUUUUUCAAGGACUUGUCUUUUGACAUUUUAACGAACAUGUCUUUCAAUCAAAAGGAAGCUUCCAUCCAAUUGUCCAUUUUGGAUCUUUUCUGCUCAAAAAAUUUGUUCAGCCCGCCAGGGUCUUCUGUUGAUCAACUUGCUCUCAUUGCAAAGGAUAAUGAAGCUGGGGAAAACAUUCCUCCCUUGUCCACGUGGAAAGUUGAGGAUGUUGCCGUUGAAAGUAUCUUGACAAUGAUUUUUCAGCUUCCCAAAUCGUUGCACCAACAGAUAUACUAUUAUACUGUCCUCAUUUCGUGUUGUCGUGAGAGCCCUGAGUCUAUUGCUCCCGUGUUCGGGAGAGCUAUCCGCUUCUUGUACAAAAACUUAGAAACCCUUGACUACGAGCUCAAGAUUCGUUUUAUGGACUGGAUGACCACCCAGAUUUCUAAUUUCGAUUUCAGUUGGAAGUGGGACGAAUGGGUCGCCGAUUCAGCCAAAUACUCAAAGUUGACCUACCACCCCAAAAAGAACUUCAUCAAAAACUUGAUUGCCAAGGAAAUAAGAUUGCUGAACAAGGCAAGAAUCAAGGAUAGUUUCGUGACUAUGGCCAUUGGAGACAAUGGCGAAAGCAAUGUGGUGGCAUUGGAAGAAUUCUAUAAAUAUUUGGACAUCUCUUUGUUUCCUAAUGCCAUCGACUCUAUCAUUAAAUAUGACUAUGAACUAUAUGGCGGUGACAAUGAUGACCUCAAAAACACCAUCGAGACCUCGAUUCGGGGUAGAGUCGAAGGCCUCUCCGGAAAGGCCAUGGUUUCGGCACAAGAAGAGCUUUUGUUCGAAUUCUCCAACCCACAAUUGCCACUCAGCGAAAUUGCCAAUAAACUCUAUGACUUUAUUAUCGCAAAUUGGAGAUCCAAUGAACAAUUCAGUGCAAUGGUCAACGAAACGAUUGAUGCCAUCAAAUCAUCAGUCGUUAAUGCCGAUACCGACAAAGUAUUGGUAAACCUUCUUUUCCAAACAUACGCUUAUAUUGGAUCCCGUUCCAUUUACUCGGUCGUGAGCAUCAUAAACAGAGACAUUGCUAAAUUGAAAUACAUCAGUGGUGUCGAGAUUACUGAUGAGGACUACAAGGCUAGUGGGACGGACUUCAAAUUCCCUGAAUUGAGUUUCACAACCGAACAGUUUGAGAACAGACAACUUUGGAUAGUUGACAGUAUUUUGCGAAUCUGGAUUCAUCAGCCACAAGUUGCGUUCUUGAUCUUGGAGUAUCUCAUUGAGUUCGACAUUUUAGAAUCCAGAUUUUUGAUUCGCAGAGCAUUGGACAUCGACAACAAUCUCAUCAUCAACAAUGUCUCUUGUAUGGAAUCUAUCAAUAGAGUUUUGAGUGCCAGUUCGGAGAGUCUGACCGGCUUUCAACAAGUCAUUGUCGUUCUAUUUGGUUUGAUUGUCAAGAACUUGAAUUCAGUUCUUGGUCGCUUGGGUCUCGAAGAUGCCGUGAAUGACGCGGUCAAAAUUACAACUGAUUUUUCCGAGGAGGAAGCCAACGAUGAGGAACUCAUGCAAAAAAUUGACAAUCAAUGGUUGUUCUACGAGUACCGUGGCUUGUUAAAAACCUAUGUGAGACAAUUUGAUCUGCAGAUGAAACCAUUCAUUGAUGAAAUACGCGGUGAAUUGAAGAACAUCGAGAACGUGCCGCUUCAAAAUGAUGUUCUUGCAUGGAUCGAAGAGCUUUCCCGCUAA